CCCGGUUACGUGUUUCGAAUAGGACGUGUCGCCGUGAACUAAAAAUACAUAAUUUUUAGAACCUACCCAUUGCCCGGGUUUAUUGUACCUUUAAACACAUUCUGUAAUCUUAAUAGAGCAUAACAAAAGCGGCUUACAUCAGAUCAACUUAAAACUUCGAAGUGUUCGGGGGUGGUUAUAUCAUUACCGUUUUUGGGUGAUCAGAACUAUGGACCAAAGUAGCAUAACGCCGAAUGCUUCGGACCAGCAGUUGGUUGCGAACGGUGACAAUGAGUCCGCAACAUCGUUAUUGCAAGACAAGCAGGGCAGGAGACGCGACAACCUAAGUGAAGUUACGUUCUUCGAAUACAUGACAGUGGGGAUACUGUGCUAUGUCAACCUCAUCAACUACAUGGACAGAUUCACGUUGGCGGGUGUCCUAGACAACGUAAAGACCGCAUUUAGCAUAGAGGAUGACAAAGCCGGUUUCAUACAGACGGUAUUCGUGGUGGCGUACAUGGUGUUCGCGCCGAUAUUCGGCUACCUCGGCGACCGAUACUCCCGGCGGUGUAUCAUGUCGUUUGGCGUCGCGUUAUGGAGUUUGAUGACGCUGGUUGGGUCGUUUAUGCCUGAGUACAAGUCAUUCCUGUUGUUCCGCGGUCUGGUGGGUAUCGGCGAGGCGUCGUACUCCACCAUCGCGCCCACCAUCAUCAGCGACCUCUUCGUCGGCAACGUCCGCUCCAAGAUGCUGGCGUUCUUCUACUUCGCCAUACCAGUUGGCAGUGGUCUCGGCUACAUAGUCGGUUCAGUGGCCACAGCGGUGGCGGGCAACUGGCGUUGGGGGUUACGUGUGACUCCAAUACUAGGAGCGGUAGCUGUCAUGCUCAUGCUGUGGGUCAUGAAGGACCCCGAGCGAGGGGCAGCUGAGGAAAGCCAUAUGAAAACCACCACGUAUAAAGAGGAUCUGAAAUAUCUUGUUAAGAACCCAUCAUUCAUGCUGUCAACUCUCGCGUUCACGUGCGUCGCGUUUGUAACCGGAGCGCUCGCGUGGUGGGGGCCGCAGUUCAUAUUCCUCGGCCUGUCCAGACAGCCCGGCGUCGACAUUACCAUCGGCAGCGUGUCGUACAAGUUCGGUCUGGUGGGCAUGGCGGCGGGCGCGAUGGGGGUGCCGCUCGGCUCGCUAAUCGCUCAGCGCCUGCGCCCGCGCCUGCCCGACGCCGACCCGCUCGUCUGCGCGCUCGCCCUCAUCGCCUCUGCGCCGCUCGUGUACACGGCCUUACUCGCCGCCAGCCCUAGCGUCCCACAGCCGCUGGUCUACCUCAUGGUUUUCCUCGGCAUGUUGACCUUAAACCUCACUUGGUCGAUCGUCGCCGAUAUCGUGCUGUAUGUGGUUGUACCACCUAAGAGGUCAACGGCUGAGGCUUUCCAAAUCCUGAUAUCACACAUGCUGGGGGAUGCUGGUAGUCCCUAUUUAGUUGGUGUUAUAUCAGAAAACCUCAAAAGAAAGUUCUCUCCCUUCGAAGCGCCGAGCAAACUGGUAGAGUUCAGAUCACUACAGUACGCUUUGUUCGUGACAUGCUUCGUGGAAAUACUCGGAGGGCUGUUCUUCUUCCUCACAGCGAUAUACAUUGUUAAAGACAAGUUGAAGGUCGAAAGAGCUAUCGCAGAAGCCCAAGCACAAAACGCGGAGCCAUCACACAGUACGGCGGAGUCCAGUUCAGCGGCGGAAUAGACCAAAUAGUAGAAUAUUAUAGGGUUGUGUGAACUAAAUUAAUUGUAGAAGACUGAAUUGCGUCGAGUGGGUUAUGGUUUAUGUGAAUACAUGUGGCGGAUAUACUUGCCAAGGGUACAGGGCAUCUCGGGGUGCCUGUAGGUAUGAAAUUACAAGAACAUUCUGAGGCGUACACUAAUCCCUUAAUAAUGAAAAAUGUUACACAAUAAGUUAUACAAUGUUUCCCCUUGUCUAUCAACAUGAUUCGUGAACAUUGUAUAGCGUAUUCUUUGUGUUUAAUUAUUCUGGGGAUUAGUGCCUAAUGCCUAUCAUAGUUGGGUCACUACUCCAGUCUUAAAUAAUUAGAGGCCAGUCCUUACUUCAAUUUUACUUAAAAUAACUAUGCCGUAUUAAGCUUUGGCUUGUUUGGUAAACAAAUAAGUUUUGGCUGUUUACAAACGCUUUGCUGUAAAGUAUAAUACGUAAUACUAAUCUUGUUCAAAAUAUAUCUGAAUUUUGUACCUGUACGAAUAUGGAAAAAAUGCAAGUUGUUACGAGAUGAAUUUGAAAUAGGUAAAAGAUGCCAUUGCAGUGGCGUACUAAGAUUUGGAAUUGAUAAUAAUAGAAAGCGGACCCGAAACCAGUUAAAUUAUCAAAGUUUAGUUUGUUCAGUGGGCAAUGCUAU